UUUGUAAGAGAAGCACUGAAGCAUAACGUGUAUAGCGUGUAGCUAUUAACCAAAGGCUGACGAUAUAACCCCAUCUUGUUUAAACGACUUUAUCGAAUUCAGUAUAUAAGAAUCAGUGUUUGUUUAACAUUAAACUGUCCUCUGACUUCGCUAAAAGCUUUUUACUGCAUGUGUUUUGAAGUUAUUCAGAGCAAAGGAGGAAGUAUUUAAUAAUUGCAGGUACCCCAUUAUGUAAGACCGAGCGGGAGCGACAAAUAGUUGUGUGCAGCGAAGAAAACCGAAGUCAACAGACCUAGGAAAAAAAUAUUCAAGAACUGAAAGUAGAUAAAAAUUCAGUCCAACAUCGGUUGAACAUCUUAUAGAAAGUUACAAAUGUGAGUUGACAUAGGAAAAAAAUUUCAAGAACUGAAAGUUGAUAAAAAUUUCAGUCCAUGUUCAGAAAGUUACAGAUGUGAAGGAAAAAGAGUUUCCAAGAUGUCGAGACGGGACUACGCCAUCACAAGACGUGAGGACACCAUCAACUACACGGUGAAGGAUGUGGAAGAAGCGGAUGAGGACGAGGUGUUCGAUAUUGGAGAUGAUCUGGAGGUCGACUUAUCCGGAUUAACGGAUAUGGACGGGAUUAGACAGAGGAUUAUCAUGCACAUCGAGAAAGUGAAGGGCAACUAUAAGGAUCAGACAAUAGAGAAACUAGAUGACAUAGCUAGGGAGGAUAAGAGAAAACGUCAGAAAAUCGUCGAGUUGUUGAAGAAGAUUCAGGGAACUCUGAAGAAGUUCGAAGUCAAAGAAGCCCCGGAUGUGCGCAUGAAGAGAGGAAGUGCGGCUCUGGAGGAACUCCUUGUGACGGAGGGAGCGAUGAAGAACUUUGAGAUCGACUUCAACAAGAGAGUUUCCCAAGUAACCGACGGGGAGUGCAUGAUCGUGGUGUCAGGAGAGACAUCUGCAGGCAAGUCAAGCUUCCUUAAUCUUCUCCUCGGUGAAGAUAUACUUCCAGUACAUCACAACCCGUGUACUUCCGUCAUUACAAAGAUUUCCUAUGGCGCCAAGCGUCAGGCCCGAAUCAUCCACAUGGAUGGAACUACAGAGGAUAUAGAGGGCAUCCACAAAGGAGAACUGAAAGAGAGGCUGUGGAACAAAAUUUACGAAACGGACCUCGACAGUCGGGAGAAAAAGUCGCCGACAAGUGAAGUGCAGCUUUCUCUUCCAAUCAGUUUACUGAAGAGCGGUAUUGUGCUGGUUGACUCGCCGGGUAUCGGGGAAAAUUCUGCCAUGGAUUCGGUCAUCACUCACUUUGUCUCCGAACAUCACAUCAUGGGUUUUAUUUACGUCAUCAAGUCGGACAAUGCAGGUGGUGUGGAUGAAGAUAGGCUCGGAAAUCUGUUAAAAGUUAUCAUUGACAAACAGAAGAAGAAACUGGACGAUGCUACAACACUGUUCGAUCCGAAAUGUGCAAUAUUUGUGUGUAACCUUUGGGACAAUGUGAAAAGUGACGAACAGACCGCUGUGUAUGACUACGCGGUGCGGAAGCUGGAGAAUUACUGGCCUGGACUAGUCAAAACUAGUGUCAUCCGGUUUUCCGCAAAGCGGGCAAAAGCUGAGCUGUCUCUUGAUAGGGAUUAUAUCACCAAAGAUUACAAAUUAUUCCUAGACAAUCUUAAAGAAUUAUUGACCAAAGCCACAGAUAUGCGGGUCAAAUCCACAUAUAAAUGGAUGGAAACUGUUUUGGUCAGAAGUGUUCAUCACCUGAAAACAAUUGUCAAGUCCGUAGAUGACACCGAACAGCAUUUGAAAGUGAAAAUGAAAGACGUGCAUGACAAACUUCAAAGUCUACGUCAGAAGUCAAAGGACGUCCUGCAAGAUCAAAAAUGUCAGAUCGAGACGAGUGUGAAGGAGAUCUGCCAAAUGUUUGAAGAGUUUCUCAGACAGGACGCAGCUCACUUCCGUCUUGUUCAUUGGCUGCAGCAAGAUCUGACCGACAUUAACGCAGACGACAUCUGGCCAGACCUAAAGAGGAAUAUUGAACACAAGAUGCUGGAGAGGAUUACGGACGAAUUUACCAAGUGGGAGGAGGACAACCACAAAUGCCAGGCAGUGGAACAGGAAAUGUUUAACCAAAUCAAGUUUCAGCUUUGUAUUCUUCAAGAGGACUUAAAUUGCAUCGAGGGUGAAUUACAUUCAGAUACCAACAGUGUUUCUUCCGAUGAUUCUGACGUCGUCACAAUGAGGCGGCGAAAAUCCUCUUUGCUGAAUUUUAAACUUCGACGGCCUGGAGAAACCGAUUUCGGAGCACUCUAUGCAAACCCUUUGCCGGUGAAGUUAGUGAGCAAAUUUCUUCAUCCUCUUGACAGUAUAACUAAUAAACUUCGCCAAUCACGUAUUUUUGAAGCAAUUGAAAACGUUCGGUGGAGCAAAAAAAUGGAGGGUUAUAAAAAAGAGCCUCUUUCUACCGCCAAAAACAUUUCCGAAAAGUUUCUUCAACGGUUUUUGCACUCAGAGGGGGAGUGUGAUGGUCAGCUUUAUAAGUUUGUUUCCGAAAUAUUGGACCGUCCCCGGGAAUUACUGGAAGUGAUUGAAAAGAACAUCCCAGCAUUGAUUAAAUCAAAUGAAGAUUUGCUGGACCACAUAUCUUACUGCCGUAUCAAUGCCACAGAGUCGAGAGGAACCUACGAACGCAUGAUGGAAGAUUUAGAAAAUCUGAAGCAUCAUCUGAUGGAGUACGGAACAGGGAACAUCUACGUGGAUGAUUUCAUGGGAAGGGAGAUCCGACUCCGAGAUGCCUACAACGAAUAUGGGGACUCAGAAAACUUCAGGUGUUCAGAAAUCAUCCUCACGUGUUCCAACAACACUCAGAACAGUAAAAGGAUUCCGCGGGGAAUAUGGACCGCUCUCCAGAGUGCCAGUUUGUACGACGAGAAGGAUGAGCAGGAGGACGCCAUUUUAAUAAAGAUUUAUCUUCCACUGUCUGGAAUUUCUGAACCCUUUAAAGAAGUCACCAAAUUAAGAUUCCUGCAACAUCCACACGUGGCAAAGUUCCUGGGUAUCCACCAUUCUGAUUCCCCGAUCCCUGCCUUCAUUUACAUGGACCACAUGCGGAGCCUGAAGGUGUACAAGAACUCGACCUUCCUCAAGAUGGCGGAAGAGGUUCCAAGAAUUCUAGAGGAGGUGGUUCAAGGAAUAGACUAUCUACACAGCAAGAAGCUAGUCCACAUGGAAUUAAAUUCUAACACUAUUACGGUGGAUUUUGAAGGAACAGUGAAAUUGACAGGGGGAUGUCUUCCUCGUUAUGCCACCUUUCCCAUGGAAAAAGAAUCCAUCGGCGCAGGGGACUUUGUGUAUCUUUCACCGGAUGUUCUCAGAGGAGAGUUGUAUGUCGCAUGCGCUGACAUCUACGCUUUGGGACUACUUUUGUACGAAAUGUUUCUUAACCUUCGUUGUUUUGACAACCAACGAACCAUGACGUUGGACUUGUUUACGAGCAAAGUAGAUCCAAAAGAGAUGAACAACGUUUCGUCCCUGUGUGAACAGGCGAAUAUGACCGAAUCGACAAAGAACCUCAUUUUAUGGUGCAUAGAUCCUUCCGCGGAUAAGAGACCCACAAUUCAAGUUGUUGUAGAAAAAGCAAGUGAUUUCAAAUGUGAGCCAUGCUUAACAAACGCCCGACGCAGUGUGUUCUCUGAUCAAAGACGACACAGAGCGUUGAGACGGGGGACGGUGCGAGCCCCCGAGAUUUCUUAAGACUUCCGGACUAGCACUUACGUUCCGGUUUUAAAAAUCUGUGGAUACUUGAAUAUUUAGUGAGGGAGAAAAUGAUCAUUGAAUUUAAUUUCAAUUUUUUACUUUAACAGUGUAUAUUGAAUUUAAUUUCAUUUUUAUACAUGUACAGUGUAUAUUGAAUUAAUUUCACUUUUAUUCAUGUACGGUGUACAUUAAUUUACUUAACUCUAGCCCCCGUGAAUAUGUGUGAUUCAGAUCAUUUGUCUUGAUCUUAAUACACCGGUAUUUCAUGUACAACGUUUUCUUGACGUGUCUCAGUUUAAAAUUCAUUAUAAUUGCAUUCAAUUACAUUUUGAAGUACAUCAUUGUCCAAUACAUAAAGAAGUUCAUAUACAUUCUUGUUCAUUACAGUAAUGAUCUGCACUCAUGUGUAAAUGUGAAACCGGUAUAUAUUCUAUUUUGAUUUUAAAGAUUUACUUUACAUUAUUUGCCGCUGAUGAAGAAAAAUAAAAAUCACAAAAUAAAUAUAAUUGUUCAAAAGCUUUACAAACUCUUAAUCAAUAAUGGAUAUCAUCACCAACUGAAUCGAAAUAAAUGUUCUACAAAUAUUUUUAAAACAGCCUAGCUUGAGUGGCGCCCCAAUUAUAUAUAUAUAAAAGAAUAGUUCUUUUAUUUACAUUAAAUACACAUGCAGUUUAAAAUCAUUCGAGUGUACUGCAAACUUCUUAACCUGUUUUUUACUUAGCUAUAUGAUUGGCUGUGUGUCAGUCAAUUCGAUUUCUAUUCAAAACUAUUUAAAGAGGGAUUUAACUUCCGGGUUCAGGUGCCAAUUCGUUAAUAUGAUAGGAAAUCGAUUUUGCCAAAUGACAUACUGUUUCGUUCUUAUGAAUUGAAUUACAGGACCAAACCAAAAAUUAUAUACACGUGUUUCUAAGUUUCAAAAAAAGAAGAGUUUGUGUUUUAAAAAUCAACAACAACAAAAAAUCAACAAAAAUAUAGACAACAUUAAACAGUUGAUUUAAUACCAGUUGGAAUAUGGAUAAAAAAACCAGCUACAUAUUUUAUCAUUUUUGUGCAGAGAAGUUCGUGUACGUGUUCGUAUAUACGACCUUUACAUACAUUUCGAGUGUCUGAACCUACAUUUAUAGUUAAAACAGAGGUAUUAUAAAAGAGAUUAAAUAAAUUCUUGUUUUGUGUGUAGAAUUUUUAUCAUUAAAAGGUUUUAUUUAAUUCAAAUGCAUGGAUAGUUAAUAUACCGUAGAUAGUUUGAAACGUUACAAGGUGUUUUUUUUUCUUUCAAAAACUCAUCAUUUCAAUGUUACCCGUCCAUCCUUGGUUAUACUAGAUCAUUAUAAUGUCAUUGUGUGGAUUUUGAGUAUAUGUAAUAAUCCGAGCAAAAUAAAGAAACUAACUACUUCCUUA